AUGACGGCCCUGAAAGAAAAAAUUUCGGACACCGUAACUUCUGACGUUACAGUUACAGAAUUGACUUCCAGAAUUUUGGAUUUACCUCCAAGUUGCAUUGAAUUUAUUGCAGGAAGUCGAAACAAAGAAUCCUGCCAUUUCAUCGUUGGUACAUACAAUCUUCAGCAAAUUGAUGAAGGUCAGAUAGAUAUUAGUGGGCAGCAGACUCGAAAUGGAAGCCUCCAGCUUUACAAAUUAAAUAAUGGACACACAGAAUUGGUAGAAGCUAUUUCUUAUCCAUCAGCAAUCCUUGACCUACAUUUCUACCUGGAUACCAAUAUAUUUGCUGUGGCUUCAAGUACCGGCUCAGUAUCGGUAUUUAAAGCGAUCAAAGAGCAAGAUAACUAUUCGAUACAGCAUGUCGCAACCCAUCAAAUCCUCCCGGUGGAUAUCCUUGUUCUUUCAUUGGCAUGGUACCCCCACACCAAUAAGCUCAGAUUAAGUGAAGAUCCUUUAUUUGCAAUAACGGCAUCGAAUGGCUGUGUUCAUAUGAUUCGCCUCUCGGCCGAUCUCAAGUGCUUCAGAAUUGUAAAUGAGUUGCCAGCGCUCAUCCUUCACUCAGACAAUGCCUGGACUUGCACGAUCUCAGACCAAUAUAUCUACUCCGGAGGCGAUGAUUCAAUUCUAAGUCGGAUAAAAUUUGAUAGGGUAUCUCUCGAAGAUAAAGGUAAAAUUACGCUCAUGGAUAACUCUGGGCAGCAAUGGAAUUCCACUACAGAUCAUCGGACAAGUCAAAUUGACUACAAAGGCCAUGGUGCGGGAGUAACGGCCAUCAUAGCCUUACCUACGUGUACUGUAGAGAAGAAGAAUAAAAUUCUACUCACAGGAAGCUAUGAUGAUUUUAUUCGCGUCUACGAAAUCCUUGACAACCAGCCUCACAAAUUAAAUUGUUAUCGGAUAUUAACCGAAUUAUUUGUCGGAGGCGGAGUUUGGAGACUAAAAGCUAUGAAAACUUCCUGGCACGAAAUUGAGGAAUGCAAUGUAGAUUGUACUGUACUAGCGUCUUGCAUGCAUGCUGGCGCUAAAAUUUUAAAAAUCAGGGGCUACAAAAAUGGUGAGUGGAAGAUUGAUUUAAUGGCAGAGAUGACCGCACAUCAGAGUAUGUGUUACGCAUCGGACUUUCUGCCUCAAUCAAUUUCAAAUGAACAGGGUCUAGAAGUAUCGACCGACGAUAAUGUAAACGAAUGGACAAUUGUCAGCACUAGUUUUUAUGAUAAGUUAUUGCAAGUAUGGAAGUGGACUCCCGAGUCUUCUUCAGAAUCUUGA